AUUUAUUAUUGCCCUUUAUUUAAUUUUACCUUUUGAAGCUUGGUUACUUUUUUCAACCAACGAAAAUGACUCUAGAAAGCACAAUCUUAUGUGUAGACAACAGUGAUUAUAUGCGCAAUGGGGAUUAUAUUCCAACUCGGGGAUUAGCUCAACAAGAUGCUAUAAAUAUGAUAUGUCACUCUAAAAUUAGAUCAAAUCCUGAAAAUAAUGUUGGGCUGAUUACUAUGGCUGAUAAACAAGUGCUAGUUACUUUAACCACCGACUCAGGAAAGAUAAUGAAUCAGAUGCAUAUGGUCCAACCUAAUGGAAUUAUUGACUUUUUGACUAGCAUUAAAAUUGCACAUCUGGCAUUAAAACAUAGACAAGGCAGAAAUCACAAGAUGCGUAUUAUAGUAUUUAUUGGAAGUCCUGUUGAGAUAGAAGAUAAAGAACUUGUUAAAAUAGCAAAAAAACUAAAAAAAGAGAAAGUCAAUGUGGAUAUUGUUAAUUUUGGAGAAACUGAUGUUAAUACAGAAAAGCUGACUACAUUUAUAAACACCUUAAAUGGCAAAGAAGGAACAGGAUCCCAUUUGGUUACCAUACCUCCAGGUCCAGUUCUUUCCGAGGCACUCCUGACUUCCCCCAUAAUGGCGCGAGGGGACGAUGGUGGAAACCUCAGCAACGCCAUGAUGACAUCAUCCUUUGGUGCCGGGGGAUCCGGUGCCACUGGCGGAUCUGGUCUUAGCGACUUUGAAUUCGGAAUUGAUCCGAAUUCCGACCCCGAAUUAGCCCUGGCUUUGAGAGUGUCGAUGGAAGAGCAAAGAGCUCGACAACAAGCCGAGGUUAGGUCUAACCAACAGCAAAACGAAAAUACAGAAGGAACCGGGUUGCUAACCAUACACGAAAGUAAUAUGCCAAUGAGCGAUGCUUCCAAUGAAAAUUCUAACGCGCAAGUCAACUCAAAAUGCAUUUGCAAAUUUAUCCAAAAAAAAGAACAAUUGAGUGAAGAAGAGAUGCUAUUGAACCAAGCUCUGGCUAUGUCGAUGGGCCUUAAUCCUUCUACUGUCGUUAUGCCAGCUUUGAAGGCCGAUAAACAUGGUACCGACGAAAACGAUGUAGUCAUGAGCGACGAUCAACAAAUAGCUUUAGCGCUCCAGAUGUCACUUGAACCAGAACAUACUGUUCAGGAUGAAAAUAUGGAUGUCGCGAUGGAGAGUCCGCAGAGCUCCAAAGUUCAAAAAAAUAUACCAGCGACUUCUGGGGAUAUAAUCAAAAAAGGCGAUGAUAACGAUACCACAAAGGAUUCUAAAGAAAAAAAAUAGAAAAUUUUAAUCGAAAUCUAUUUUUGUAUACCCUUUUGAUCCUUUUUUAUAAUUUAUUUUAUGAUCUUUUAAAAAAAAAUAAAA